AUGAAAACAUAUUUUUCAAACGACGAUCUUGUAGAGCAUCUGGGCAUUUCAAGGACGCUAUUGGCUACUAAAAAGCCCAAUUUAACCGAUUCUUUCGAUCUGCACCAGCCCAAGUACCCAUCUCAUUCCCGGUACUACAGUGACUUUGAGGAGCUUGAAUUUCUUGGCAAAGGCGGGUUUGGAGAAGUUGUCAAAGUCAGGAACAAGCUGGACAAUCGGUUUUACGCCAUCAAACGCAUCAAGCUCAAGUCGUUCAACCAGAACCUGAACAAAAAAUUGUUGCGAGAAGUGCUAGCCAUUUCUCGCCUGCAUCAUGAAAAUAUCAUUUGGCGUUAUCUGAUCGGGCUAGGUGGCAUGAAACAGCCAGAUACGUAUUCGAUGGGGAACAUACCCACCAAUCGAUCCUCCCUUUGUCUGUAUAUUCAAAUGGAAUUUUGUCCAAACAAGACAUUGCGAGACCUGAUUGAUGAUGGGCUUGAAGUUACCGAAGCAUGGAGAUUAUUUCGCCAGAUCAUUGAGGCUCUUGUCCAUAUCCACGGGCAAGGAAUGAUUCACCGAGAUUUGAAGCCGUCAAAUAUCUUUUUGGACUCAAAAGGAGAUGUCAAAGUGGGAGACUUUGGGCUUACUUUUUUCGACGAGACGUGCAAUAAUUCUGAAAGCACCGUAAAUAGCAAUACCGCAGAGGCAAAUUAUCCGCUCGUUUCGGACAUCUCGCUAACGCUUGGUACUUUUAAGCUGCUCCUAUCUUUAGAUGUUGGAACUCCGUUUUAUCAAGGACCUGAACUGGCAAUUACUGGGUUCAAAUACAACCAACGAAUUGACAUGUAUUCGUUGGGCAUCAUUUUCUUUGAAAUGUUUCAUGGCCCUUUUGAGACAAAAAUGGAGCGUGCGAUCUUGCUGAAUGCCCUACGCGCACCUGAAAUAUGCUUGCCUUCCGAGUGGGAAGCCAAAAGAACGCCGGAUGAGACGAAUCUACUGAAGUUGCUAUUGGCCCACAAUCCAAAGGUACACGCUGAUUGCUCGUAA